UGCUGACUAAAGUUUAACCAUCAGAACCGAAGAACUCGUUAAUAACCUUCACUGUCGUCCUUUUCAGACUUUUGCUUCUUAGUCUUUAGAGAGCGCUUUAUCGAAAGAGCUUCGCUACCCCUAGCUGAAUAUAUCUGGCUGCUUUUGUGUGGAACAUGUCGAGUUUCUUUGGUUACAGCAAGAAAGAAAACAACGAAACUCCGCCGAAUACUGCAGGCACGACAAAGAGUACCUUCUCCACCAAAAGCUCUAAGGUAAUAAAGGGAUCGGCAUCGCCGCAUUCAGAAGAUACUCUCAGCCAGACAACAACGAAAAUUCACACAAAGCCAGCGCCGGGAACAGAUAUCGGACCAAUUCACGAGUAUGAUGAGAAGCAGAACGAAAUGAUGAAGCAAGUGAAAGAGUACGCAUUGUCAAUAUCUCUAGCCCCUUCGGAUCCUUAUGCCAAAUGGGAACGAAGAUGGUUGAACAAGCCGGACACUAUUCCUCGGUAUUCAAGAGCCUCAAAAUGGCAUUUAAAUGACGCAAAGAAAAGAAUCAAAAACACAAUGGAAUGGCGAAGAGAAUUCAAACCAGAAUUAAUAACUCCGGACGAGGUGAAGAUUGAAGAUGAAUCCGGAAAGAUUGUCAUCAAUGGCUUUGACAAUAACGGACGGCCUAUCAUCUACAUGCGUCCUGGAAGGCAGAACACGGAAACGAGUCCGAGACAGCUAAAACAUUUAGUGUGGUGUCUAGAGCGAGCCAAGGACCUCAUGCCUCCCGGGCAAGAAUCUCUUGUGAUCAUUGUUGACUAUAAGACCACAACCCUUCGAACAAAUCCUCCGAUCUCGGUUGCUAGCAAAGUUCUUACAAUCCUACAGCACCAUUAUGUUGAGACUCUUGGUCGAGCAAUCGUUACCAAUCUUCCGCUGCUUUUGAAUUUUUUCUACAAGGGUAUAUCUCCUUUCCUAGACCCCGUAACCAGAGAUAAAAUGCGAUUCAAUCCAAACUUGCUCGAAUUAAUACCAGCAUCCCAACUGGAAGCAGAAUUCGGCGGCGAAUACGAGUACGAGUUUGAGCAUGAACAUUAUUGGCAACAAAUAAUCGAAACCUGUGGUAUCGCUCCGGACGGCACCCGUGUAAACGAGGUAGUACCUGAGAUCGAUGGUGAAGAACUUGAGGAUGAGCUUACUUCGGAGCCAAGGAAAGAGACCGGGGAGGAGGAGGAGGAGGAGAAAGAAUCAACUUCUUCAACACCGGCCACUGCUGUAGAAUCACUGACAACUACGGCUCCAACUGCAGAAGAUGUAGCAAAGAGAGUUGAGGAGAUAUCACUCCGGAUGCCAAACGAUGCUCAGACGGUUACUGCAUGAAUGGGGUGCUGGUUGAGGGCCGAGGUUACAUUACGGCCGUUCUACAUACAGUCUUAAUCACUGUUGCUCUGUUAUCUGAUGUUUUGUAAAUUCAUCCUGUAGAUCUAUCAAUAGUAUCCGCUAUCUGUGCGCAUUC